AGAACAGGGAAUAGACUACAAUAAAGUUCGAUGUUGAUGUGAAUCUUUGUUUAAUAAUGUAAUGCUUUUAUCUUGGUGUAUUUUGAAGUACUAUCUGUGAAGAGUUACAUUUGAUGCAACCAAUACAUUAUAUAGUAGCGAAUCCAGAUUGAAAAAACAAAAACUUUUACUGAGUCUAAAGUAUGACGACCGAGACGUCCGACUCCACCACAGUUGUCUCCCCUGGUACAGCAGGUUCUUCGUGUGAUGACGUGGUGACGAUGUAUGAGGAAAUGUUCAAGAACCGCUACACUGAAGAUGACGAAGAAUACAUGAAAACUGCCUCUAAACCGCUCGCCCAACCACCGUGUGUGACUGGCUGGUUUACUAAACGAAGAAAUGACUGGGGCCAUCACGGUGGGCGUGGUGAUAACCGUAACUGGCGUGGAGGUCAAGGUCACCAACAGAACUGGAACCGUGGAGAUGGAGGUCAACAUGGCGGAGGUUACCGGGAUCAUGGUGGCUAUCAAGAUCGUCACCAUGGCAACCAGGAUCGUCACCAUGGCAACCAAGGGCAUUAUGGCGGUCGUGGAGAUUACCAUAGUUACAGGGGUCCACAACAUCGGUACAGGGAUUGAGUCUGCAGGAAUGAACCAGUCUAUUUUGAUCUGACGAGGUGUGUGCUGGUUGUGAAGUCGGUCAUUUGAAUGUAUAUGCAGAAGUGGGCCAGUCUACUUUAAAUCUGCAGCAGCUCUCUACCUUGCGACCGAUUUGGUCGUAUAUGAGACCCAUAUUUUUCAUUUGGCGACAAAAACAUUUCAUACUAUCUGUACAAAAAUACAAGUAUCUGGCUCCUGGAGGGGAAAGUUAACGUAGAGGGCAGUGCAGGGGUGUAAGGGCAUGCUAGUUGGCCAUUUGAUGAUUGUCUCGGGAUACUCAGAAGUUGACAAUUAAUAAUUAAAGUGAACAGGGCACGUGUGCAGGAGUGUGUUUUGGGGUCGAAACCCACCCACCCCUGCUCAAGCUAAAUUUUUCGCUUUUUUUUUUUUUUUUCCCAAUAUAUUUUCCAGGGGAGCUCGACUCGUCUCCCCAUACAAACUUCACUUGCCACAGUCAAGUCUCCUGUGCCACCCCCUUUCUAAAAUUCCUGCACACGCCUGGUGAAAUAUGGCCAUCAUGGUUUGAGGUGGAGUUCAUCAACUGAUCUGUUACAAACGGAAAUCGGUGUUUCUGCCAGAAAGACAUUUUUGGGUAUGGUGCUAUGGAAUUGAAUUCAACCACAGUCAACGGGGGGGGGGUGGGGGG